AUGGCAAUCAGCCACAACACAUUGGCAUUUACCUUUGGCAUGCUAGGUAACGUCAUUUCAUUCUUAGUAUUCUUGGCUCCAAUAUCAACAUUUUACCGAAUAUACAAGAAGAAAUCGACCGAGGGCUUUCAGUCACUGCCUUACCUGGUGGCAUUGUUCAGUUCCGUGCUUUGGUUGUACUAUGCUUUACUCAAAAAAGACGCCUUUCUCCUCCUCACUAUUAACUCAUUUGGAUGUGUCAUAGAGAUCAUCUACAUUAUCUUGUUCAUCAUCUAUGCUUCCAGGGAUGCAAGGAACAUAACUUUUAAGCUAUUUAUGGCAAUGAAUGUGAGCUCCUUUGCUCUGAUCGUCUUAGUCACGCAAUUCGCUGUGCACGGUCCCCUUCGCGUCCAAGUCCUUGGAUGGAUAUGUGUUUCCAUUGCGGUUAGUGUCUUCGCAGCACCACUAAGCAUUGUGGCACAAGUUGUUCGGACAAAGAGUGUUGAGUUUAUGCCUUUCAAUUUGUCAUUUACACUCACAUUGAGUGCCGUAAUGUGGUUUGGUUAUGGUCUCUUUCUCAAGGACAUUUGCAUUGCUCUCCCAAAUGUACUUGGUUUUGCACUGGGGUUGCUUCAGAUGCUGCUCUAUGGCAUUUACAGGAAAGGCGAUAUGAAGGUAACGAAGGAAACGAAGCUACCGCUGGAACCACUGAGAAACGUUGUUGUAGAGAACCCCUUGGGAACUGGUGAGGUUUUUCCUGUGGAGGAAAACCAACAAGGAAAGAAGAUCAAAGAAAAGAGAGAGGAGAAGGAGAAGGAGAAAAGUGAGGAACCUAACGAUUGCGCAGUCUAA